UAUUUUUGUCCCUCGCUUGCUCGGUUUCUCGUGUGUUUUUUGGUUUUUAACACUACGCUAAUAAUGGCGAGCUCGGCUAACUCGAACCCAGUGCCUAAACUGUAUCGGUCGGUGAUCGAAGAUGUCAUCAGUGAGGUCCGAGAACUCUUCCUGGAUGAAGGUGUGGACGAACAGGUUCUCAUGGAGCUUCGGACGCUGUGGGAGAGUAAGCUGAUGCAGUCAAAGGCAGUGGAGGGCUUCCACACAGAGGAGCAGCAAGCUCUCCAGGCCCAGCAGCAGCAGGUCCAGCAGGUCCAAACCACACCACAACAGGCCCAACCCCAGCAAGUCCUCCUACCCCCAGCCCAGCAAGCUCCUCAGCAACAAGUCAUCGUACAAGAUUCCAAAAUUCUACAGCACAUGAGUGCAACGGGAAUGAGUGCAGCAGCCACUGCUGCUACCUUGGCCCUGCCCACCGGAGUAGCUCCAUACCAACAGCUCAUCACCAGUCAGGGGCAGAUCUUGCAGGUGGUGAGAGCUGCCAAUGGGACUCAGUACCUCAUUCAGCCUCAGCAGCAGGUGGUGCUCCAACAGCAGGUUCUGUCCCAGAUGCAGCCCGGCGGCGUGCAAGCUCCAGUUAUACAACAGGUACUAGCUCCCAUCCAGGGGGGAAUGCCCCAGCAGACUGGAGUCAUCAUCCAACCCCAACAGAUCGUUCUCACGGGGAAUAAGGUCCAGCAGAAUGCACAGGUCAUGCAGGCAGCAGCCAUGGCUGCGCAGGCGGGACAGGGAGCCGCGCAGGUGCAGCCGCAGCCACAACCUCAAGCGCCACCUCAGCAACAGCAACCUCCACCACCCCAACAACAACAACAACAACAACAACCGCAGCAACAAGCAGCCCAGCAGCAGGCAGCCCAGCAACAACCUCCCAUGAUGCUCCAGGUGGACGGGGCGGGUGACACGUCCUCGGAAGAGGACGAGGAGGAGGAGGACGAGUAUGACGAAGACGAAGAUGAAGACAAGGACAAAGAUGGAGGCGAGGACGGUCAAGUGGAAGAGGAGCCGCUCAACAGCGGCGAUGAUGUCAGCGACGAGGAAGAUCAGGAGCUGUUUGACACAGAGAAUGUGGUAGUGUGCCAGUAUGACAAGAUUCACAGAAGUAAGAACAAGUGGAAGUUCCACCUGAAGGACGGCAUCAUGAAUUUGAACGGGCGAGAUUACGUGUUCUCCAAAGCCAUCGGGGACGCCGAGUGGUAAAGCAAAAAAA